AUAAUGUGCAAAGCAGAGUUAGUUCCAAGUGAAACAGCUCAUUUACUAUUUCGAUCAUCUGUGUAAUUCUCUACUUGUUUAAGAUUUUAUGUUUAUACUUAGUUUUUGAUAUAGUUUCUUCUCACAAGUUAUUCUCUGAAAUCUUGUGAUUAUACUGUUUAGUUUUGUUCGACUGUAAUUCUUGAGGAGUUUCAUUCGGAUUUUGUCAAAAGGAAUAUGGGGUUAUCUUCAUCAAAACGGGUCGCCGGAAAACUACGAGACUCACCGGAAUUCAGCUCAGCGUGCGAAACAGUCUACCAACAGUUUCUCUCUCUCGCCCAACAAACUUUCCCGGGCAUCCCCCGCUACCAACUCGUUUCAGCUUCCGACAGUCUCUACCAAACCCUUUCAGAUCUGCACCUCCCUUUGAUCGAUAAAUGGGUAACUUCCCCUCCCACCCGUUCCCAAAUCGACAAAGCCAUCCAAAAAGCCCUCCCGGAUGAUGACGGAGAUGAAAUCGUCACGCUUGGGGAAGCGGCGUUCAAGGAGUUCGCUAUGGAUCUUUACUCAGAUGCCAUCGUUUCCAACGCCGGGAAGGAUGUUCUACUGAAGGUGCCUGUCGGUGUUGCUGGGAUUGUCGGAAUUGGUGUUGCGACGCGGUCAGGGAUGCAGGUCGUUGGGACGGUGAUCGGAGUUUACGCCGUCGGUAUUGCGACCUCGGUUUAUCUCAGUUUGGGUGGUUAGCGUUUGUACCAAACAAAAGAUUGUAUAAAGAUUUUUUUUUUAUUUUGUUAAUUAUUUUGUUAUUUCUUUCUAAUAGGUCAAAUAGGUUAACUGGGUUGAAUUUGAUUUGAAUGCAUUAAAUCUUGUUAACCGUUUUAUUGUAAAAAGUUCGUAACGUAAUACAAACAUCGAUUUGUUUUUUCUUGUAUAA